GCCUCAACUCAAGGACCCAACCGAAAAAUCCACACUUUAUUAUAGCAAAAGCCAAAGCCAAAGCCAAAAGCCAAAAGCCAGAACGCAAAACCCAUCUGGGUUUUCUUCUAAACUUCAAGCUGUUCAACAGCAACUCUUCUUCUUCAACUCAGAUCUAUUUCGGUGAGCGCUGCAUCUGAGUCUGUGACAAUGUCCAGACCAUGGGUGUUGGUUUGUCUGCUCCUGUUAAUUGUGUUUACAUCACAGUUUGAAUGGAAGCAAUAUGGGAAUGAUGAACCAAGUCCAAGUACCUCCAAGAAACAACAAUAUAUGUCUGAAAGGGAAGAGGCCGUGAAAGAAAAAAUUAUCCUCUCCCAAGAGAAAAAUAUACAAAAACUUAAUGAGCUUGUGCGGAGUCUUCGAGAACAAUUGCUACAAUGUAGAGGUGAAAAUGAGAUUGUCAAUGGCACUUCAGCUCCUUUGACUGAACUUCUUUCUGAACUGGAAAGGCAUCCACUUUUGGAGGAUUAAUGAUGGAUCAUACGUAUUAAACAUCAAUAUGCUUGUACCUGUAGGUGAACAGACAUCGCUGUAUAACCCACUCAUCGGGCUGAUGAGUUGUAGGAGGUACAUUUCGAUCUGAACUUGAUUACAAUGUCUGACACUUCAAUUUAUGAUUAUGGUGAAUAGGUUUUUCAAUGUGUUUUCACUCUUUGGUACUAUUUCUGGAAACGCCAUUAUUGUAUUUUGAGUAGCCAUUCUUACCUACAUUUUUCUUCCAUCUU